UGGUGCCCGCUCGCUCCGGGCUGCGCGCGCAGCUUCUCGCCAUCCUCGUCCUGCCACCGGCCCAGAGCUUCGGCUUCCAGCGUUUCCUCCUCAGUUCCACCAGACCCAGAAUCCAGGCGGAUCCACGCUCCCGGCCAAAGCAUUUGUGACCCCCAAACUUUUUUCGCGUUCGGGCACCUGCUCCGCGUCGCGUCGCCACCCCCUCGCGCCCUCGUAGACCUCAGUGCAAUCCUAGUGAUACGUGUAUCAGUGUUAGUGCUUGUGCGGAUAAUACAUACCCUCGAACGUAGCCUCUUCAGUAGCCGGAGGAAUUGUUUUCCCUCAGUUUUUCCCCGUUUUUCUUUCUCUUUUCUUUUGGAAUUUUACGGAACACCCCGCGUGCAAUCUGACCAGUGUGAGUGUUUUUCUGUGCGGUCUUUUUGAGUUCGUUUCGUUUUGUAUUUGUUGCCGGUUUUCUUUUCGAACCCUAGUGGUACUUUUUGGAAAACAGUGUUUUUGUGCGGGCAAACUGUGCUCGCAAAACGGAUUAUUAUAUAGCCUCGCACCCGCAGCAUGAUUUUAAGGAUGUAACGUGACUUCGAUCCAAGGCCCAUGACACUUAGAAAUGAAGGACGGGAUCUUGUGCCUCCUCCUGUUUGCCUUCCUGCAGUAUGCUCAGGGCUCAGGGUUUUUCGAGCUGCAGAUCCUGGAAAUGGUCAACUUCCACGGCGAGCUCCUGAGCGGGGUCUGCUGUGGCGGGAUCUACCGGCGGGAUAGCUCCGAGCAGUGCGUCUUCCCGUGCAACACGUUCUUCCGCGUCUGCCUGAAGGAGUACCAGGUCAACGUCUCCUCCACCGGCUCCUGCUCCUUCGGCAACACCUCCAGCCCUGUCCUCGGCGCCAACUCCUUCACCCUCACCGACCCCGACAUCGGCAAACUCGUCAUACCCUUCAUCUUCCGAUGGACCCGAUCCUUUACACUAAUUCUUCAAGCCCUAGAUUGGAACAACAACACAUCACCAGGCCCCGAUCUGAUCGAGGAAGUAAGGUACUCUGGCAUCAUACACCCGAGUGCAGACUGGCAUACGCUGAACCACCACGGGCCCAUCGCGAAAAUCUCCUACCGUGUCCGGGUGCAGUGCGACCGUCACUACUUCAACUCCACCUGCACCAAGUUUUGCCGGCCCCGCGACGACAAAUUCGGACACUACACCUGCGACAGCAACGGUGACAAAGUCUGCAUCACCGGUUGGAGAGGGGCCAACUGUGAAAUUGCUGUCUGCAAAACAGGAUGUCAUCCCGUCCAUGGAAAAUGUGAUAAUCCCGGGGACUGCUACUGUCGACCCGGUUGGCAGGGGGAGUUCUGCGAUCAGUGUACCCCCUACCCAGGCUGUAAACAUGGAUACUGCAACGGCUCGUCAUGGCAGUGCAUUUGCAAUACCAACUGGGGAGGAAUCCUUUGCGAUCAAGAUCUCAACUAUUGCGGGACCCACGAGCCUUGUGAAAACAAUGGAACUUGUGAGAACACUUCGCCUGACCACUACCUCUGCACGUGUCCCGACGGCUUCUCGGGGAUCAACUGCGAGGUGGUGGACAACCCGUGCGCGACCGGACCAUGCGCCAACGGAGGGGCCUGUCGCGAAACCGAGGGCCAGUUCUAUUGCGCGUGUACUCCCGGUUGGACAGGACCCACCUGCAGAAUAAAUGUGGAUGAGUGCAGUUCCGAGCCGUGUCAAAAUGGUGGAAGUUGCACAGACAUGGUUCGCGGGUUCAGAUGUACGUGUCCGCCCGGCUGGGAGGGAAAUAUCUGUCAGUUCGAUGCAGAUGAAUGUCAAGGAAGUCCGUGUAUGAAUGCGGUGACUUGUCAGAAUUUGCUGGGCGACUACCAUUGUCAAUGCCAAGCCGGUUGGUCGGGUAAAAAUUGCGAUGUUAAUAUCAACGAUUGUGUCGGACAAUGCAUGAAUGGUGCCACAUGCAUCGAUCUGGUCAAUGAUUACCACUGUGCCUGUUCCCCUGGUUUUAGUGGACGAAACUGCACAAUUGAUAUCAAUGAGUGCGCCGGUGAACCAUGUAGAAAUGGUGGUGACUGCAUAGAUAAAGUGAACGGUUUCCGAUGUAUCUGCCCAGUUGGAUUUUCAGGACAUCUAUGUGAGGUGGAUCAUGAUCACUGUAAUCCAAACCCAUGCAAAAACCAAGCAACUUGCAUCAGCUUCCUGUCGGACUACACAUGUCAUUGUGCAGAAGGAUGGGAAGGAAAAAAUUGUGACUUGGCAAGACAUGCGUGUCUGACUCCUCCUUGUGAAGUUGUUGAUAGCUGCACUGUCCCAGCACCCUCUAACAGCAGUUUGACUGGAGCGAUCUUAAUCCCCUCAGGUGUUUGCGGAAAACAUGGUCGAUGUAUCAGCUUGCUGAAUGGUGGUUUUGAUUGUGCCUGUGAUCCUGGUUACACAGGGAAAUACUGUCAUGAAAAUAUAAAUGACUGCGAAAAAAAUCCUUGCCAAAAUGGAGGAACUUGCAUCGACAAGCUCAAUUCAUUUCAAUGCGUUUGUAGAAAUGGGUGGGAAGGAGAAGUCUGCACCAUCAACAAAAACGAAUGCGAACCAAACCCCUGUCGUAACAAUGGGACGUGCACAGACGGAGAUGCUGAUUUUACCUGCACCUGUCAGGAUGGCUGGAAAGGCAGGACGUGCAGCUCCAAACAUAGUCAUUGUGACCAGGGCACUUGUCAGAAUCAAGGCACUUGCACAGAUCUAGGACACAAGUUUCACUGUCACUGUCCACCUGACUGGGAGGGUACCACCUGUCAUAUUGCUAAAACACAUGCCUGCAACGAGAACCCAUGUCAAAAUGGCGCAACGUGUGUAAACACAGGGGACUUUUAUUCAUGUAUAUGCAAGGAAGGAUUCGAGGGCCAGCUUUGCCAACACAACAUCAACGACUGUAAUCCGCCGCCUUGCUUCAACGGUGGAAAAUGCAUCGAUGGAGUCAACUGGUUCACCUGCCAAUGUGCCAAAGGAUUCACAGGUCCUGAUUGUCGGACCAAUAUCAAUGAGUGUGCGUCAAAUCCCUGUGGUUUUGGAGCCACGUGUAUCGAUGGGAUCGCUUCGUUUAGGUGUAUCUGUCCUCAGGGAAGGAAAGGCUCUCGCUGUGAGGAAGUUGACAAAGACAGUUUGUACCGAGGAAUGUGUUUUAUGAAUAAUCAGUAUCACGAUAACAAUUCUGUCUGGUUCUCCGACUGCAACAACUGUACAUGUUUGAACGGUCGUAUUUCAUGCACUGCAGUAUGGUGUGGCUUCAGUAACUGUCAAGAGUACACUUCUUCCUGUAACAACAACCAGGUUUGUGUUCCAUCGCCUCAAGAAUCCUGCCUAACACCACCGUGCAGUCCAUGGGGUGAAUGUCGAGACUUACUCAGCGGUCGUCAAAUUGGACCACCUUCAAUCCCUGCUCCAGCCUCCUGUUGGCCCAAUCAAGUGACUGUUUCUAAUUCGUGUGCACGGCUCUCGCUAUUAUUAAGUGCCAUCAGACUGGAACCAUCGGUACGAGUCGAAACACUCUGUCGAGAAUUGCGCAAACUUCUCGUUGCUCAUCUUGCCAGUGUCCGAAGUGAAUCUCCACUAGUUGUGCUAUGUGACCUGAAGCAAGGGUCAAAUGACACACUAGAAAUAACCGUUUCUUGUAGUCAAGAGCUGACUGAUGCAAGUGCUCUUGUGAAAGAGGGUAUUCACGUUCUUAGCGAACUUAUCAGCCAUCGACAGUCAGCUAGUCAAUCAUCACCUCUCAGUGCCGUUAUUGAAGUCAAAGUUGAAACAGUUAGUCAAGAAUCAUUCGGAACAAGUUUCUGGUUGGGUAGCAUUUGUAUUGUCAUCAUGAUUGCCAGUGCCAUAGUCAUGCUCAUCACAAUCUACCUGCAGCAUUCCAUUGCAAAGGGUGCUGAUCGCUUCUCUUCCCGUAGCCUGGACAACUGCUCGAGGAACCAUGAUGAUGAGAAGUCGAACAAUCUCCAAAACGAGGAGAACCUGAGGCGCUACACCAAUCCAGUUAAGGACGAGAUGAGCUGCAGUCUAGGCGGAAGCCUAGGAGAGCUGAGUCCAAAAAUCAGCGUCAUCCGACCACUAUCAGCAGCUGCUAGCGCUGAGAUGUUAGAAAUGAUCUGCGAAAGUGACCUCAAAGGUGGCACCAGCUCCAGCCAAGUUUUACUUGUUAAAAAACAAAAUGCAGAUAUGGUGAAAAACAUGAAAAGCGAGCUUUCGUUUCCACAGAAAGAGUCGCUAAAACAGAUAAAUGUGGCAUCAGUCACCCCGUUACAAAGGACGUCUAGUAGUAACAACAAUUUAGAUAUGCUAACUGUUUUUGUUUAGUGCGGUUUUUCAAAUUUUUAUUUUUUAUGUUUGAUUAGUGGUUGUGCGCUGGAUUGACGGUUACAAGUGCUUAACGUAAAAGCCCGGGCUCCAUUUUAAAUUGUUUUUAAUUUUUUUUAAAAAUUUAUUCCUUUUUUUUCCGUUUUUCUUUUUUUUUUAAAAAAUCAUUUUUUUUUUGGAAAAGAGUUUAUGUAACCAGGGGGAGAAGUUAAGGGUUUUGUCUCAUUUUUAAAAAUUUUUUUUGUGAAAAUACUAUUAGUCUUCCCUAAACUGUAUUAUUCUUACACCGGAAUGUGUAGGUAACUAAUAGGAGAUUGAUCUUCAUUUGUUCUUUUAAAACAGGCUUCCACACAUAACUAUAGCUAUUUCAAGGUCUCAAAGGACGUGAAUUUCUUUUUCAUAAGCGAAUAUCCUCACAAUUUCGCACCUAGCCUAGGUUUCUUUCUUUUAAGGUGUUGUAAACUCAAGGUUACAAGAACGUUUAACCUGCCACGAUUUCAGAGCUAAAUGAAAGACCAUUUUCUGGGCUUCCGGGGUAACUUUUGUCAUUAUAAAUUCAGUUUUUCCUGGAGCAUACUUAUUGAGUCAUGACCUCGACCUGAAAUUCUCUUUUCAGAAUUUUAUCUCAAAAAAUCCUUUUUGAAAUCCAUGAAACACAUAAAGUAAACUUCCUUUGCUGUUAUUUUGAAGUCAUGUAUUUUUAAUAUGUGUCUCGCAAUUUACCAAGUUUUUAAAUUAAUCUCAAAAUAUGUUUGACGGUAGUAAGAUUUUAGAAAAUUUACUUGCCAUUAGGUAAUAUAUUUUUGUAUUUUAGGCAAUUUUAUUUCGUAAAGCUAACAGUCUCACUUUCUUUAAAUAUUUUCUCCCCCUUGGGAAGUUUUUGGAAUGGACCAAAUUGUUGUAAAUUAUUUAUCUUAUUUAUACAUAAAGCUCUGUACAUAAAUUUUAGUAUAAUUGUUAAUCCUCUAGCAAUAUUAAUAGCUGUACAUUCAAGAUUUUGUAAAAUGUUUUGUAUAAAUGUUCUGUAGAUACCUAAUUUUAUAUCCGUCUAGCUGCGGACUGAUCUAGGAAGUUAUUUUUCACCAGGCAUUCAUGAAGAACAACUUGUUUGAAUAAAAUAUCCCCAGAAAUAGUAAAUGAGAAAGAUGAAUAAAUGAAUUUUUUUCCCCCCAUUUCUUUAGGGGCUACGCUAGUCUUAUCAAGCUCUCCGCAUAAGAAACUGUUUGCAAGAUUUUAUUAUUCAUCUCAAUAGUGACAAAAAGUCAUUUUAGUACCUUGGCUUUGAGCAACUUUCUGUGGGUGCGUGCCUCCUCCACUCCAGCAUGCAUCUAUGACAAUUCUCUUCACACUCUCCUCUGAAUGCUCCGUCUUCCCACUCUCAUCAGCUUUACAAGCAGAUGUGGUCCUGAAAUAUUUUCUUCCUCAAUUUUUUUUUUUUCUCUCUUUAUUUUUCGAAUUCUCUUAAAGAGCUAAUUUUUCUUUUAUUUAAAUUUUGUAAAAUAUGUACCCAUAUUAUGAAUCUCACCUUUCAUAAGUUCUAAUUAUCUAAUUAAUAUUAAAAAAUGAACUAAAGUAAUUACUGCCACUCUAAUUGGUCAAUUAAAGUUUUUCCUUUUUAAACAAAUCUGUAACAUGGUUCCUCUUAAUCAAGCAAAUAACUUCUGGCAAGGAAGAAAUGAGCUUUUAUCUAUUCAAAAGUAGGGGGAUACUAUUUUCCUGUAACUAGCGAACUUGAAUUUUCAAACUCGUUGUACUUCAAAUGCUUGAGCGAAGGAAUCUCCUGAUUAGACGUUGUAUAAAAUGUCCUAAAAUUUAUGUUGAUCAUUUGUGUUUUGUACUAUAGACUUAGCCUUGCUGUGAUUAUCUCAUUUUUGAGAAAAUUUUCUAACUUUAUAUCUUAGUUUUAGUCUCUAAGUCUGGAAGUGAGUUUUGUGGUAAAUCCUGGUAAGUAACUGAAAUGAUUAUAAACAAAUUUCAAAUUUUUGCCCCUUUUUGUGUGUAGAUGCUAAGAAAAUUAGACUGCCCAAUAGAAAAGGAAGGAGUUAUUCCUGAGCUUCCUUCUAUUUCUCAUUUUUUUAAAAAAAUUUAACUCAUUAUGAUGAAUCUAUAAUCAAAAACUUGUAUGUUUUAUAGACACAGUCUAAAAACCUAUGUUAUGCAAGUCAGUAUCCAUUGAUGGCUGCGCAUAACAGUCAAGAGUAUUCAAUUAUCAACUGGACUACAUUUUGCAAUUUGGAACUAUAGAUUCGAGCCCAGUUUAAAAUAAACAUAUGUGCCCUAUACACAUUUCCGCAACAUAGUUUCCCUUUACACAGAAGUGCUUUUCCAGAAGAGCCAGAAUGUAUAGUUCCAAAUUGCAAAAUGCAUUCCAACUUAUCUAACAGCUUAGCUCCAGUAGGUUUUUGUUUCAAAACCUAGGUUUUUAGGCAACCAGGUUUUUAUCAAAGUUAAUGUACUUACAUACCUAUCUACGUAUCAUUUCAGGGAUGAAAAUUUUACAUAUUUUGUAAUCCAGAAUUUUAGCUAUUACAGACAUGCCUUCAAAACUAAUUUUAUCAAGAUUUUGUAGACUUAUAUUUUUGUACUUAAUUUUUUCAGCCCAAAAAUUUUGGCUCUUAUGAUUCUUAGGUCUGUAUAAUUUUAAUGUAAGUGAGUAGUAGCUGCCAACUUUGCCUUGCUCUCCGGAGAAUCGUAGGAUAGAUUUUAAAUCAAUCUCCUUUUUUUCAAGUACGCAAGCCUCUGCAGGCACGAACAAUUUAAGAUAUAGCUUGGAAAGUUUGUAUCAUCAUUUAAAAGAAAUUUUAAUGUUUUUUUUUAAAAGAAAUUUUACAUCAUACAAGUUAAGAGACUUUUAUUUUUGUCAGGAAAAGUGAUCAGCCUUGUGCCAAAAGUAAAGGAAAUUAUUUAUCUCUGUCCUAUUUGAAGGUAUAUUUUUUUAAAAAAUGAAAUUGGAAACUUCUCUGCCAUAAUUUUAACCAUUAUUAUUUUUUAAUUACUCAUUGCUAUGCAAGAAACUUAAAUGAAACGUCACCAUCUCUCAGUUUGGUGAUGAGCUUGUGUUUGAAAAUGAAUUUUUUAUUGCCCUUUCUCUUGGAAAUGAUUUUAUUUUAGCAUUGUCAGUUCAGUGUUUGGUUAUUACAGGCCUGGCUCAUUGCAAAAAACGACCUCCUAAUAACAUUUUUGUCUGUAUCCAUUUUCUGUGGACUUGUUCGAAAACCAUAAGUAGGUACUUAAAAAACCUUCCUCCGUCUUAAGAGGUUUGGUCAUUAUACACACAGGUCACAGAUGUCACUGUAUUUGCAAUAUCUGUCUACUUUCACUAUUUUCCAAACUGUCGUUCAGUGCUUGCUAGCGCUCAGGCAUCUGCGCAUAGUGGCUUAACUCAUGUAACACUCCCGCAAAAACUGAUCUAAUCAGUGAUAAGGGUGUAAGAUAUUUUGUUGUAAAUGUGACAUGUUUUAUAAACUGUAUAUAUAAUUGAGUUUGUUGGAGUUUUGAUUGUUUUAACCAAGGCAGAAUGAUCUUCAGGUGUUUUCUCUGCAGACUAAAUUGUAAUUCCUUAUCAUCAGCUCUACACUUAUUAUUUUUGUCUAAUUCAAAAGAAAUUGAAUCUACUGUAAUUACUGACUCCAACAUGAAUUCUCAACAACAGUAUUGAAAAAAAUUCCAGCCUAGCUUCAAAGUUUAUUUUUAACUUUUUAAAUUGUUUAAUUUCCUUAAUAAUUGAAUAAGUAUGUACUAAUUGCGUAACCCAAGUUGUAGUUCAGUAGGUAAUACAUGCUUUUAUUCACCCAAAAAUGCAUCUGGGUACAUGAAGAUAUAUUACUGUAACGAAAUCUUGGCUAACAGUAAGUAGAUGUAUCAUUAUUUGCUCAACUGUAAGCAGGUGCAAUAUGUGCUGGAUAUCAAAGCGUUUUCUUCAUAAAAUUUUAAAAAUGAAACCUGUAAGCUGAUGUGCUUCAAUUGUAGUCAAAUCGUCUCACCCAUGCCACAAUUUAUAGAACUUUUCCUGGAAGUAUCCUGUCAGAUGUGAUUGGAGGAAAUCCCAUAUUUCAUCUGUUAAUUUCUUAAAAAUACGCUGAGGUAUAAUUGCUCAGUUAAGAUUUUCUGUUCCUAUAAGGCGUUUAAAUUUUCCUACAUUUAGAAAGCCGCAACUCAUAGCUCAUUCAUUGUUGGCUAUCUGCUUUGUAUAUGCUAACACAUGGUCUGUAGUUUUAUUUAAAAAAUUGAAAAAAAAAAAAAACUUGAGAUGAGGAUUUUACUUUCCAUGAGCCAGAAAAACAUUUUUAUAUUGUAGGUACAUAUUUGAUCUCCAUUGAGCUAACUUAGGUAUCAAUAAUUUUUACUCUUGUGCAUGAAAAGAUUUCGACAAAUUUGUACUUAAAACUUAUGCAAUACUCCUUUUUGUGAUUCUCUAACUUAUAUUAGAAGUCUAAACAAAGAUCUGUGCUAUUUGUAAAAAUGAGAAAAAAAAAUAAAAUAAAUAAAAAAAUAUUUAAAAUAA